UCCGUGCCGUUGGUCACGCCCCUUUGCCGCGCGGCGCUUCCGUGCGCGGCCCCGCCCGUUCCGGGUCCGUCCCUGUCAGGCCCCCGAGGUGCGGCGGCGGCAGCGCUCCCGGUGCUCGGUGGGUGCUGCCCGUGCUGUACGUGCCUAACUGUGGUGUUUAGCCCUGGGGGACAGGAGAGCCCCGCACUAACUCCCCCCGCCAGCCCUGUGGACACACAGCGGAGUCAGGGGUGGUAAGAGCAGCCCCAGGUAUCGCUGCUUGGUUUCACCUCGUGUGCCUCUAUACCCCUAAACUCUUCUUUGGAUGUGUUACUACAUCAAAUAAAGCACCCUGCAAGCUGUGGCACUGGAUGACCAUAACUAAACAAUGUCUGUCCCACGUGGAGCUGUCCAUGCAAAAUGGAUAGUAGGGAAAGUAAUAGGAACCAAAAUGCAGAAAACUGCCAAAGUGAGAGUGACAAGGCUUGUGCUGGAUCCCUACUUACUGAAGUUCUUUAACAAAAGAAAAACCUAUUUUGCCCACGAUCCACUGCAGCAGUGUGUUGUUGGAGACAUUGUUCUGCUGAAAGCUCUGCCUGAGCGAAGGAGCAAACACGUGAAACACGAACUGGCUGAAAUUGUGUUCAAGGUUGGAAAUGUCAUAGAUCCAAUCACGGGGAAGCCCUGUGCAGGAACCAGAUUCCUGGAAAAUCUGUCAGAUUCGGAAAACCUGACAGAGGCAGAUACUACCUAUCUAAGUGAAAAACUUCAGGAACUGAAAGUCUGUUCAACAGACAAAUAGCGGGCGAAAUAUUUAAGCAGAGGGCUUCCAGCUUCUCUCUCUCUGUCAGGGGUGUUUGAGGCCCUGUUGUGGUAUGUUAAAUGUUUCAGUGAAAUCUGUAGUCAAAAUAAAUAGUAAAUGUAGUUGCUUAUCCAAAGAGAUGGCACAGAUUGAUGAGCACUCCAGAGCUUUGAAUGAAAAUAUAGAGGAAAUGCAAGUUUAGUGUUAACACUUCAUUUUAUUGCCUAUAGUUUUGCCACAAGCAGUGACAGUUCCCAAAGCCAGCUGCCCUCCUGGAAUGACUCUUGUGUAUUGAGAAAAGAAAGUACAACUGUAUAAUGUUUCAUUUUGGUGGGAGGGCCAUUAUAUUAUUUGAUUGUUCUGUGUUUCAGACAGUCUUUUGUGGUUUGUAGGAUUACUGGAGAUAAUGCUAUUAAAGCUUUUGAAAGGAAGUGUAGAAUUUUAAAACCA